GCCACACAGCACAGUUCCAGCAUGUAUCCAUUUUUAAUCAUUUGUUUGUUGAUAAAAGCCGUUCGCGUCGCAACUCAGCAUUACAAUGCUUCCGUUUAUGAAAACAAGUGCUGUGAUUUCAACGAGCAACUCACACUGAACGGCUCUGGGUAUAAUUGUGUGAGAGAUGCAACUCGCAGGCUCGCCGUUUUGGCGGAAACUGAUGGAUUUUUGCGAAGGAAUACUGACGGCAAUUGCAUAGAUGCAGUGGAUACGAGUACUUUCGUCCGAUUGUACGUCAAGGAAGGCCGAGUAAUUGAAAAUCAAUCAACAGGUUACGAAAUUUUCCCAAAGUGUUGCCCCUUGCAAUACCACUAUAACAGCGAAUCGCAUUCUUGUGUGAAAAACACGUCGAACAUCUUGAAUUUUGUCAAUAGAAGGCUCUUCAGAGUCGGAUUGCCACAUUGCAAGCUCAUCGUCGACAUACCAGUCGAUAAGGUGGACGAUUUGGAAGAAAAUAAGGAUGUAUGUAUCGACAAAGAUGAAAAUGGGAAACUGGUGAAAAGAGCCUGCAGAAACGACUCUGAAAUAUGCACACAAAUCAGAUGCGUCAAGAAAUGCUGUCCAGACGGACAAAGUUUUAUCAACGGACCCAACUGUAUUGAUACUUACACCAACGGCUUGAACAUGAGUUUUUCCGACAAUAUUGAAGCCAGUUCAGAUCCUUUCGCGAUUAUCUCCAACAGAACAUGCAGUAAAAUUUACCUGAUGAACGAGAAAAGGUACACGUUCAUACUGAAGAAGAACGGUGCCUUUUCCUAUUGGCAAAAUACAAGCAACGCAUUUGUAAAUGAAACCAUUGAGGAUCCCUUUUCAUACUGCAUCGAGCAUUCGACUAGGGCGAAUUUAACUGGCUUCUUCUUCUUCAAAUGCUUCAAAGAAGUUCCUUACAAAGACAAGUUUCGACAUACUUUGUGGCCAAAGAUACUUUCGUGCGUCUUCCUUGGCCUCACGAUACUCAUUUACUUGCUGCUGAAGGAGACCAACAAUUUAUUUGGAAAAAUUUUGAUGAACUAUUGUACAGCAACGCUGCUUUUAUUUAUGUUUUUGGUGUACGCGCAAGUGAAUUUGGAAACUAAUGAUAUGCAUUGCAGAACUUUAGGAUACAUCAUAAUCUUCGUAUCAACUGCUUCGUUUGCAUGGCUGAAUAUUAUGUGCUGUGACAUAUGGCUAACUUUUGGGUAUACUCGACAAGCAGUGGGUGUACAUCAGAAACGGCGAGACUGCAGAAGACUGAUAACUUACAUGCUUUGUGGUUGGAAUCUCCCAGCAUUUCACACAUUAAUCAUAUACGCGUUUAGUGUAUCUCGAAUACUACCUGAGGCUGUUCAUCCCUAUAUUGGAUACAGAAUGUGCUUUAUUGAAAAUCGAAAUUAUGCGGCGAUAUUAUUCCUACGAUUUCCUCAUCUAUGCAUACAAAUUGUUAACGUAAUCUUGUUCGCUAAAACUAUCAACUACUGUUUAAAAGUCAAGAAUGAAAUAAGUAGAACCAUUGACGUCUCGAAGUUUGAAAAAAAGGACAGAUUUAAGAGAAACAAAGAGAAUUUGUCACUAAUACUGAAGUUAUCGGUAAUAAUGGGAGUAACUUUUCUAUUCGAUACGAUGACUGGAUUUUUCCGUAUGAGCGAAAUGGGGGACCUGCUCAAAUAUAUCGAAAUCAUCUGGGAUUCCAUUAACUGCCUGCAGGGUGUGUUCAUUUUCAUCAUAUUCAUUUGCAAAAGGAAGAUAAUCCGAGAGUUACUGCGAAAGUUUCAUUUCCGUGACAGAUCAAGCUCGACGAGAACUAGUUAUUCCACAACGAGAAUGAGUACUUUGAGCACAACGUCAAGAAAUAGCAAAACAGCAAUAAGUAGAAGAUCGACAUAAUAUUUACGGUUUGGACACUGUACUUGUGUAAGUGAUCUGUCUCAGGAAAGUCUUGUCUACAUUUUUUUCAUUUGCUGUCACAUGUUAAUGUAUGUACCUGAUACUUGUCAAAUUGUAAAUUACCUGCAGCGCACAGAAUGUCAAAAAAACCGGCAUAAUGUCAGUUUUAAAGUUACAAAUACCCCUGCCGGAAUCUAAUAAAAACUUUUUUCAUCUACAUUAUUAGUUACUAGGGUUACUAGUAGGUUUUAGCUGUCAUCUUCUAUCGCAGUAGGAAGUAAAAAAACAAGUUUAGUCCUUUCACUGAAACAAAGCAGUUACGUCAUAUUUAGUAAAUUUGAAUGCCAACCCCAAUGCAAAAUAGAUCCUAAAUUGAUAGGUAUUCUUUGAAUUUCCCGGGCUCAUUUAUGUUGGUUGAUUAUGUUACGCCAACGCCUGUUGUUUAUUUGUGGUUUAUUUCCUAGGAUCUAGUAGUUUUAAGUAAUGUGGCAACCAUGUGCGUCACUGCCAUCAUUUAACGUUGUGACGUAAUAGCUUUGAAUAAGUGAAUAUACUGUACAUGUUUGUCAGACCACCAAGAUGUUCCACUUCUUCUAUGUCAUUUAAAAGUAGUAUAAUAAAAAAUAUGUUUACAUCUAUUCGAGCCACUUAAAUUCACUACCAUUAUGAUUUUCUAUUCAGCAAGUAGAGGUGAACUCUAAUGUCUAGUGGGUAGUUUAGAAGGCAGUAUAAAGUUAAUAAUCG